AUGCUGUAUCUUGUGGGACUCGGCUUGGCCGACGAAAAGGACAUCACGGUCAAGGGACUGGAGAUCGUCAAGAAGGCUGAGCGCGUAUAUCUCGAGGCCUAUACGGCUGUGUUGCUGGUGGACAAGGAUGUGCUUGAAGCCUUUUAUGGCCGAGAAGUCAUCAUAGCCGACCGUGAAAUGGUCGAGUCGUCUAGCGACGAUAUCCUCAAAGACACUGAUAAAGUCGAUGUCGCAUUUCUCGUAGUUGGCGAUCCGUUCGGAGCAACAACACACACCGAUCUUGUCCUUCGCGCCCGCGAACUUUCCAUCCCCACGCGCUCGAUCCCCAACGCCAGCAUCCUGACAUCGAUUGGCACAACCGGCCUGCAACUCUAUAACUUUGGCCAGACAGUCUCCAUGGUCUUCUUCUUGGACAACUGGAAGCCCGCGUCCUUUUACGACCGCAUCAAAGAAAAUGUCUCCAUCGGCCUGCACACACUUGUUUUGUUGGACAUCAAGGUCAAAGAGCAGAGUCUCGAGAAUAUGGCAAGGGGGCGCAAAAUCUACGAACCACCGCGGUACAUGACUGUCGCGCAGUGCGCACAGCAGAUGCUGGAAAUCGAGGAGGACGUGAAGCAAGAGGGAGUAUACUCAAGGGAUAGUCUGGCUGUGGGAGUCGCAAGAGUUGGUGCCGAGGACGAGAAGAUUGUUGCUGGUACAUUGGGACAGCUUUGCGAUGCCGAUCUGGGCAAGCCGCUGCAUAGUCUAGUGCUGUUGGGACGGAGGACGCAUGAUCUCGAACGCGACUUUCUGCUGGAGUUUGCGGUGGAUAAGGCGAAGUUCAAGGAGGUAUGGACGCGGGAUUAUGAGGGCAAGCAGUGA